UUGGUCACGUGACGCCCGUGCGUGCGCACAUCGACGUACGUGACGUAGGGUUGAAUCCUUCGUUAGUUUUCUCAACCAAACACUCUUGAUAUUGUGUAAUAAUAAUAAAAAACCCUCCAAAUCCGCCGGUGGUAGACGAGCCUUUAAGACACAAGGCGAACGCAGACGGAACCGCGGCUUUAGCGCUUUAAACCCACGCAACCGUUAGUGACCCGGAACUUGGCUUUUAGCUAAAGAAGAAGAAGAAAAAUCCUCCUUUUAAAGCUGUUUUUAAAACACCUUCGAGGAAGAAAGGCGGGGAAUACAAAGCCAGGUGCGUCAAAAAAAGAAAACACAACAUUUUUGGAUCCACGAAAGCGAAACGGGAUUACUUCAAAGCCCAGAGCCUGCUGCUGUGACUGGCCAACGACAGUACAUGGAUUAUCUGUGUUUUCGGGCACUGUGCUGUAAAGGACCUCCGCCUCCAAGACCAGAGUAUGACGUAGUCUGCAUCGGCCUGACAGGUGCUGGAAAGACCAGCUUGCUGUCACGCCUCUGCAGUGAGAACAGCGACGACAUCGGUCCCACAACAGGUUUCAACAUCAAAGCUGUACCUUUUCCAAAUGCCAUCUUGAAUGUAAAAGAACUUGGAGGAGCUGACAACAUUAAGAAAUACUGGUGUCGAUACUACCAGGGCUCACAGGGGGUAGUCUUCGUACUGGACAGCGCAUCGUCGAAUGAGGACCUUGAGGUGGCACGUAAUGAACUCCAUUCAGCUCUUCAACACCCACAGCUCUGCACACUACCGUUCCUCAUCCUCGCCAAUCACCAGGACAACCGUGCAGCAAGAACACCAAAUCAGAUUAAAAAGUACUUUGAGCUGGAGCCGCUGGCCCGAGGGAAGCGCUGGAUCCUGGAGGGCAGCAGCACCAACAACCUGGAGGCCGUGAAGGAGAGCUUCGCUCAGUUCAUCAACCUGUUGGAGGACAAAGACACAGAGCCGGCCAGGAUAUGAUGCUAACAGCGCUAAUGUUAGCAGACAUUAGUGGCUUACAAACACCACAUCCUGCUGCUGCCCACACACACACACACAAACACAAACACGCACAUACAAGCAAAAACAACAGCUGUCGGCCUCUCGCUGAGAUGUGUGUAUCCAGCCUCUUUUCCGAGUAGAGGAAUUCGCAGGAAUAACUGCAAUCGAGACAAACAGCAGGUUUCGGCUAUUUUUUAAUUGAAAUGUUGUUUACCACUGUUUGUGCCAAUACGAUUGGAUCAAACACACACACUGAUACCUUUGCAGGAUGUUUGGUGAACUCGGUUGAUGUUGUUUCCCCUGAGAAGAGCCGUCGGACUGUGAGCUUCUGUCCACAGAUGUUAAGCGACGGAGGCGCACAGUCCAAAGCCUUGUAGUUACAUGCCAGUGUGUCACACUACGUCUAAAAAUGUAAUCUGAAUAGUGUAGCUGAGUAUGUGAUGGAGUAUUAUGUACAUAGAGGCUGCUUCCUGUGCAGCACAACAACACGCUAGUUGUGAGACUUUUAAGUGCAAAGUGACUUUAUGAGUUUGUAUGGAAAAGUCUGAGGGCUUUUAUAAAUGUGCAACUUAGGUUAUAUUAUAUGUGAACCUCAUAAAUCAACGUUUUUUUAUAUAUGUUAUGCAUUCACAGGAAUUUUCUUUAAAAAUUACAGACCAAAAGAUUGACGGGGCGAGCCACGGAGACAUGUAACGCAUCCGUUUAAGUGUUGAGAGCGUCUUUUAUCUGUAGAUAUAAAUGUUUUUGUCCUUUCUUUUUUAAAUCGAACAUAUUCUCUCAGCACUGGUCUGCAGAUUCUCAUCAGGGUGAAACACAAACUAUCAAUCAGCCGCAGGAACAGCUGCAUCUGACAAGCCUCUGUCCGACACCCUAAUGCCUUCCAACUGUCUGGAGACCCCUCCCUGUCUGCCGUUUAUCGCGCUCCCCUGUCCAUCCGCUCCAUUUCUGCUCCACACGCCACCUUAGCCGCCGUGCCCCCGCGUGGACCCCAAAGUCGUAGUGCCACAUCCAAACGUGCGUUUUAAGAAACCAAAAAACUUUUGACCUCUCUCUGUUUUUGUUCUGUACUUUGUCAAGUUUUUUAAAGAUUUGAUCACUUUUUGUACCUGAUGUGAGAAGUGAGUGGAUCAGUGCAUAUGUUAGCUUGAAUGCUAAUAAAUCUGUCAACGAGAAA